AUGGACGAAUAUCAUAACCGAGCCAUCCCAGAGCGGGAUGACACAGAAUAUGCCAUCAUUCCCUGGAUGAUUGAUUUUGCUCAAAUCAUCCGACGCGUGUCCGUUCAUAUUUACCAUUCACGGAUCACACUGCAAGAAAAACUGCAGCUGGCUCUUCAGAUCGAAAUGGAAAUGGACCGAUGGCUCGCAAGGCUCCCAGAGAAGAUCAAGCCAGACAUUGGCGCAUACCGGCUUUCUCGAAGCGCGCUUCGGGAUCCCAAAUGGGCCCGAAGGCAACGGCUUGUGCUGGGUAUUCGUGAGUUCCGUCUUUCACUAUUUAAAAAUGAAGCUAGCUAA